AUGCAGAAUACAAGCAAGGACAGUGAAGGAGGUCUUGAUCUUUCUACAGAAAUAGCUGCAUCUGCCAGAAUGGUGAUCAUCCAAGUGUUAAUUGCCAUUUUUCUCUUUGUCAACUCCCUCAUGAUUUUGACCUUCUUUAAAAAAGCAGCCUUUUUCACCAACACGCGAUACAUCUUCUUUGCUCACGCACUAGUCUGUGACAGUAUAUUUUUAGCUUUGUCGGAUGCAUUGCUUGUGAUGAGUUACUCAAGGGCACCAAUGACAGGUGGGCUGUGUAUAUUGUUGGUGUCAAUCUUAGGAAUCCUGUCAGUUGCCACACCACUGACACUAACAGCCAUGAGCCUGGAGCGUUAUGUGGCGAUUUGCAUGCCUCUGCGGCACAGUGAACUCUCCACCCCGAUGAGGGCCAUCUACAGCAUCCUACUUAUCCAGGCUCUCAGCUCUGUGAAUCGGAUGAUAAUAAUGUCCAUCCUCUUCUCAGCUGUGUCUCUGAGGUUCUACACCAAUCCUCUAAUCUGCAGUACGGAACAGAUGAUUGUCUUCCCAUGGCAGGGGCACAUCAGCUCAGCUCUGUCUCAGUUGUACUUCCUAGUCAUGUCCCUGGUCAUAGCAUUUACCUAUGUAAAGAUCCUGGCGGCUUCCAGGGCUGCCUCAUCAGAGAGAAAGACAUCCACCAAUAAGGGCCUGAGGACAGUUAUUCUCCAUGGCUUCCAGCUUCUCCUUUGUUUAAUCCAGUUCGUGUGUCCUCUGAUAGAAUCGAUAGUAAUGAAGAUCAAUUUCAAUCUGUUUAUGGAGCUAAGGUACUUUGACUAUAUUUUUUUUAUUCUUGCUCCUCGAUGUCUGAGUCCACUAGUAUAUGGAUUAAGAGAUAAGGAUUUUAUGGUGGUUCUGAAAUAUUAUGGCCUGUUUAGAUUUUCUAAGAAGGUUGUUCUUUUUAAUAUGGACAAGCCUAAUCCAAAAUGGAGAAAGAAAAUCACAUGUACACCUGUAGGGUAA